AUGGAGGACGAGAUCGGCGAACGAACGCCGGCGCUCGGCGGCUCGGGCACCGGCGGUGGCGGCGGCGGCGGACUAUCGGUUCGCGCGCACAGCUCAUCGCCACGCCGUGUGCCGCUGUUCGAGCGCGCCUCGGCCCGCUGGUGGAAUCCGCAAUUCCGAAGCGCGACACUCGAAGCGCAAUACUGGAAGUGCAGUUUCAGUCAGCUGCGCGAUCGAUUCCGUUCGGGUCUCGUCUACAUCGCGCUCGUCAUUCUCGCGUGGUCUGUUUAUUUGGCGCUCUUCGAUCGGAGUUCUAUUCAACAUUGGGUCGUUUCGACAUGCCUCAUCAUCGUCAUUCUUGCCAUGUACGCGUUCACCACAUGCGCGUCACAAUAUCAACGAUUCUACAUGCCUACAUCAUUUCUUUGCACAUUCCUCAUAUGUCUAGUCACGUUGGUCAUAUUCUCCGCCGAAUCUCAUGCCGCGUUCAUGACGCCCGUCGCCAGUCUUGCCACCAGUUUCCAGGUCGUCCUAUUGAUCUACACCGUCAUCCCGUUGCCCCUCUACCUCUGCCUCCUCAUUGGCACCGUUUAUUCGAUCCUCUACGAGAUUCUCAGUAAGAACAAGUUGGGUCUCGAAGAGAUCGGCUACAUCAAAGUAGUCCUCCACGCCGGCGUCCAUUUGCUCGGCGUGCACCUCUUCAUUCUGACGCAAGUCCGCCAACGCAAGACGUUCCUGAAAGUCGGCCAAUCGUUGUUGGCGAGAAAAGAUUUGGAAUUGGAGACGCAAUUCAAAGACCACAUGAUUCAGUCGGUGAUGCCGAAAAAGGUUGCCGACGAGCUUCUCAAAGACGCGUCCGAGUUGAGGCGACCCUCAGCGAGCAACGACUCGAAUUGUCGAACAUCGAACGCGACGCAAGUCGAGCAGCCAAUGUCGAUACCGAACUCGGUACCCGAGUACCGCAAAUUUCGGCCGUUCACAAUGAAUCUGAUGACGGACGUGUCGAUAUUGUUCGCCGACAUCGCCGGCUUCACGAAGAUGUCGUCGAACAAGUCGGCCGACGAGCUCGUCAAUCUCCUCAACGAUCUGUUCGGACGAUUCGACACGUUGUGUCGCAUUCGCGGCCUCGAGAAAAUAAGCACGCUCGGCGAUUGCUAUUAUUGCGUCGCCGGUUGUCCGGAGCCGUGCGACGAUCACGCGUGUCGCACCGUCGACAUGGGCCUCGACAUGAUCGUCGCGAUUCGACAAUUCGACAUUGAUCGCGGACAGGAGGUCAACAUGCGAGUCGGAAUCCAUACGGGAAAAGUCAUGUGCGGCAUGGUGGGGACCAAGAGGUUCAAAUUCGACGUGUUCUCGAACGACGUGACGCUUGCCAAUGAGAUGGAGUCAUCCGGAGAAGCUGGAAAGGUCCAUGUGUCGGCAUCGACCGCCGAGCUCAUCAAGGAUUUCUACAUUAUUGAUGAAGGGAAGGAUUAUGUGGGACCAUUGAAGAUGCAAGUUCAAGGAACUGAGCGACGAGUGGUCCCUGAAAGCAUGAAGACCUACUUUGUGAAAGGUCGAAUCAACGAGCAGAUCGACGAGCCGGCGGCGGUCGUCCACGAGGUCGAAUCAUUGCAGAGCCACAAGAGCCAUAAGAAGACGACGAUUAAGCAGAAGAUCGCCGAGAAGCUCAAAAUGAAUCACACGAACUCGUAUCCGAUUCGGACGGCGGUUCGCGAAGGCGGCGGAAGUUUGAGAAUCAAACUCGCCGAGCGCAAUCGAAGCACCCAAUUGCUGCCGAAAGAGAGCAACUCGAUUUGUGUGAUGGAGGACAAUCGGAAAAGCGCCUCGCUUCAGGCAUUGACGACGAGAAACUUCAACGGAAGCACCGACACGAACAACACCUACAGCGAUCGGGCGGAGAAGAAGUUCGCGCCGACGAACAGCGGAAGCAACAGCAUCAAGGGCAGUCGAAGUAGCGGAUUGCAGCUGUCGUUGCAGGACGGCAACUCGGACCUGAACUCGGUCGGCGGCCUCGACACGGCGAUAUCGCAUCAUCACAACGCCGCCUCGUUGACGCGCUUCGACACCGACAACAAUUUCGAUCAGCGGCUCGCGAUGGUGAUCAGUCAGGGCGACGGCGGGUUCGACAAAGGCUUCUGGGGCCAUCACGACUCGCUGAACAAAUGGACGUUGCGAUUCAAUGAGAAAUGCGUCGAGGACGAGUAUCGCGCGCAUUUCGUCGAUUCCGCCGAACGUCACGUCGGCAAGAAGACGCACGUCGAGAGGCAUCAGGAGCUCGUCGAGGAGAAGGACAACGAAGCGGCCGACUCGACGGUCAACAAGUAUCGCUACUCGGGCGUCUUCAUCGACAUCAUCGUCGCCGGCGCGCUAUUCUUGAUCGCCGACUCUGUCGCGUUCAUGGCGAUUCGGCCGGUCGCGCUCUCGCUGAUCGCCUACUCGCCAAUCGCCAUCACCAUCAUCAUUGUGACGAUCAUCGUGAUCGGAUUGCCGCAACUCCGUAGGCAGUCGGGAAUGCCGUGCGUCAAUCAAUGGAUGCCGCGCCAUCUCAUCGGACUCGUUCUCAUCCUGCUGCCCGUCGGCGUCGCCGCCUGCAUUAUGCCGUUGUGCCGCGACGACACGUGCACCUAUAUGGUGCUCAACGAGCGUCUCACGUUCAGCUACGUCGCCAUGUUGGCGUUGUUCGCCCACUGCAAUUUCUCGCAACUCGCCGCGUGGCCAAAAACCGCCGUCGCCGUCUUCGUCGGACUUCUCCAUUUGCUCGGCGUCUAUUAUUGUCAGAGCAGUUUGAGCAGCGCUCAGCCGGAGACUCUCGAUUAUUGUGAUGCGUCGGUGUUCAAGCCGGUCCGCAAGGGAGUCACGCCGAUGCUUGGCUUGAACGCCUCGUCGGCUCGCGCGAUGCCGCAAACGUUCGGAUCGCCGUUGUUCUUGUGGGAGCUUCUUCUCGACGUCGUCCUCUCAAUUGUGCUCGUCGCGUUCCUCAACUAUCAGUUCGAAGCCGCGUUCCGAAUGUCGUUCUUCGGCGAUGUUCAAGCGCGUCGCGACACGCAGCGCAUGCAGAUCGUUCGCGAUCAGGCCGACUGGCUGCUCAACAACGUCAUUCCGGCGCACGCCGUCGAGAGUUUGAAGACCGACACGAAGUACAGUGAGAAUCACGAGUCGACGGCGGUCUUGUUCGCCGCCAUCACCAACUGGAACGACAUGUACGAGGAGAACUUCGAGGGCGGUCGCGAGUUCCUCCGAGUCCUCAACGAGGUCAUCGGCGAUUUCGACGAGCUUCUCGAUCGGCCCGACUUCACGCAUAUUGAGAAGAUCAAGACGAUCGGAGCGGCCUAUAUGGCGGCUAGCGGUCUGAAUCCGGAGCGCAAGAAGAACAUGCAACAUCCGAAAGAGCAUUUGUACCAGAUGGUCGAGUUCGCGUUGGCCAUCCAGCAUGUGCUCAGCGUGUUCAAUGAAGAUUUGCUGAAUUUCGACUUCGUUUGCAAGCUGGGCCUCAACAUCGGCCCGGUGACCGCCGGUGUCAUCGGCACCACCAAGCUCUACUACGACAUUUGGGGCGACACAGUGAACAUCGCCAGUCGAAUGUACAGCACUGGCGUGCUGAAUCGUAUUCAAGUCUCCCAGCACACGCGCGACAUUCUUCUCGAUCGAUACGACUUUGAGUAUCGCGAUCACAUCGAAGUGAAAGGAAUCGACGGCGGAAUGGACACCUAUCUCUUGGUCGGACGAAAAGCCGACAAGAUUCCACCAGCGAUAGCGGAUAAGAAAGAGGAAGACGAGUUCUAA